UUUGAGCCCUUCCGGUGCCUAGAAACGAGCUCCGCCUCUCACGCCUGUUUCGUCUUCCUCACCUCGCCAUUUUUAAGCCGUGCCCGACAUCUCAGAUCGCACCAGCUAGCUAUACCGCGCCGGAGGGAGAGAAGAGGACUGAUCGAGCGCGAUGCCGCAGCUGCGUAGCCUGAUCGCGUUGCUCCUGGCCGCCACGGCCGUGGCCGACGUCGCCAGCGCCGCGCCGGCGCCCGGCCAACCACACAAGGGGCUCGUCGUCACCGGCCGCGUCUACUGCGACAACUGCCGCGCCGGGUUCGAGACCACCGCCUCGCACAACAUCGCAGGGGCGACGGUGCAGAUGGAGUGCCGGCACUUCGAGACGAUGCAGCUGCACGACAAGGCGGAGGCGACGACGGACGCCGGGGGGUGGUACCGGAUGGACAUCGGCGACGACCACCAGGAGGAGAUCUGCGAGGUGGUGCUGCUCAAGAGCCCCGAGGCGGACUGCGCCGAGAUCGAGCAGUUCCGCGACCGCUCCCGCAUCGCGCUCACGCGCAACAACGGCAUGGAGCAGAACGCCGUCCGCUACGCCAACCCCAUCGCCUUCUUCCGCAAGGAGCCGCUCCAGAACUGCGGCGAGAUCCUCCGCGCCUACGCCCUCUACAACGACACGUCCGAGAACCCUUGAAGAGAUCGACAUUAACAUUGGGGUUUCGUCUUCCAGCAGACCACAGUGAUCGAUUUUGAUGGACGAUGGAUGUUAGCGAACAGAUUCCUUUCUUAGAAAUAAAAGUAGUUUGCGUCUUGAUUUCCCUUGGUAGUUAUCAACGUUUUGUGUGUAGUUGUAUUAAUAAUCUUUGCUGGUACCUUGGCAAACAAAAAAGGAACAAGUAU